AUGACCGGUAUCAUCGAAAAGCCUCGUCAUUCCGAGACGUCGAACAACUCUUAUUCAACUCGACCCAACGAUAUGACCGUCCUAGGAGUCGUUGACUUCGCUGACUGCGAUCAAUGUUCUCCGUACCCCAACCGAUGGUCAAGCAUCAGGGAGCACAUCUCCGCACCAGCAGCCGAGUUCAUGGGUGCCUUCAUUCUAUGCUUGCUUGGCUGUGGUGGCAAUUGCCAGGCAAAUCUCUCUGCCAAUAAAAGUGUAUCUGCAAGCCCGGCAGGGAAUGCUGUCACAUCCAACCUCGCUUGGGCCAUUGGACUGUCCCUUGGUGUAUGGAUCUCUGCAAACUACUCAGGUGGUCAUGUGAACCCUGCGGUCACCAUAGCAUUUGCUACUGUCCGCGGUUUCCCCUGGAAAAAGGUUCCAAUCUACAUCCUUGCGCAAGUCCUGGGCGCCCUAUGUGGGGCAGGUGUAGUCUACGCUACUUACUUCAAUGCGAUCGACAUCGUCGAAGGGGGCUCCGAUAUUCGUACAAUUGCGGUAUCUGGUAAUCUUUUUGGGACCUACGCGGCCGAUUAUCUUCCUUCAGUCUCCGCCUUCUUCGCUGAAUUUAUAGGGUCUGCCAUGCUCCUUACCGGAAUUUUCAUGUUCACGGAUAAAAGAAAUGGUCCUUUGCCUGCUGGUGUUCUUCCUGUUGGAAUAUUUUUUGUAAUCCUUGGCAUCAGUUCGGCUCUUGGCAUGGAUACUGGAGCAGCCCUUAAUCCUGCCCGUGACCUGGGGCCCCGUAUCCUUACCGCCAUGGUUGGGUACGGUAGCGCAGUCUUCAACUUCAGGAACCAGUAUUGGCUCUGGUGCCCUAUCCUUGGUCCAAUUUUUGGCAUGAUUGUGGCUGCGUUCUUCUAUGAUUCUAUGCUCUACAGGGGUUUAGAAAGUGUUACGAACAGGCCGAGUGAACAGGCUGAAAGACAUCACCUGCACUCGUGCGCUCGCACCAAACGUAAUGGGGUUGCAGAAAUAGUUUGA